GGAACCUUUAGUGCCAUUGCCUUGUUUUGGAGGGUAAUAUUUUCAUUUAUUUUUCCCAUCUCUUCUUGCUAGCAACGCUUUCGGCGGGUUCCGUUAAAAUGGCUGUUACUGAGAGUGGAAACCCAAAGCAAGAGCAAUCGUAGUGGGUACAACUGCAUCCAAUAGUGUCGCUGGCGUCUGAUAAGGAAAACUAAAGACUGCAACGCAAUGGCUGCCCUAGAUCAAAAAUCCCCCAACGUCCUCCUUCAAAGUCUCUGCUGCAGGAUCACUGGGAAGAGCGAAGCUGAAGUAGCCCACCAGUUCCAGUAUGCUGUGAGAGUCGUCGGGAGUAACUAUGCUCCCACCAUUGAGAGGGAUGAGUUCCUAGUGUCAGAGAAGAUCAAAAAAGAACUACUGAAGCAGAGGAGAGAGGGUGACGCUGCCCUGUUCUCUGAGCUCCACAGAAAGCUGCAGACUCAGGGGGUGCUGAAACACAGGUGGUCCGUCUUAUACCUGCUGCUCAGUCUCUGUGAGGACCCCAGGAAACCGUCCAGGGUUGGCAGCUAUGGGGCGCUGUUUGCCCAGGCCCUCCCCCGGGACGCCCACUCCACCCCGUUCUACUGCACCCGACCUGGGAGCCUGCCACUCAGCUACCCCGAGCGCUCGGGGCCUGGGGGCGUCCAGAUCUCCACCAGCAUGGGCACCAGUGGCAUCAGCAGCCUGGGGGUGUACUCCCUCAACGGGCCCACACCCACCCCUCAGCCCCUGCUGGCCGGACACCCACCCCAGACAGCAGGGCAGCAGCUGGGCUCUCGGCUGGCGUGGGCCCUCCCCAACUCCUCCGCCCUUGCACCUACCUCACGGGCCCCGCUCGCCCCCUCACCCCUGUCCACCCGGGCCCCCAGGCCACGCCAUGACGGGGACCUCACUGCGGAGGUUGGUGAGGCUGCACUGGUCAGAGACAUCCUGUAUGUCUUCCAGGGGAUCGACGGCAAGUUCAUUAAGAUGAGCAACACAGACAACUGCUACAAGAUCGACUCCAAGGUGGUUCUCUGUAAGUCUCUGAGGGACACCAGUAACCGAUUGGCUGAGCUGGGCUGGCUCCACAACAAGAUCAGGAAGUACACUGACUCGCGCAGUCUGGACCGAGCCUUCGGCCUGGUGGGACAGAGCUUCUGUGCCUCCCUGCAUCAGGAACUGAAGGAGUACUACAGACUUCUGGCAGUGCUGCACUCACAGUUGCAGGUGGAGGAUGACCAGGGAGUGAACCUGGGAGUGGAGAGCAGUCUGACCCUCAGACGUCUCCUAGUCUGGACCUACGACCCUAAAGUCCGCCUCAAAACCCUGGCUGCCCUCGUUGACUUCUGCCAAGGGAGGAAGGGAGGGGAACUGGCGUCAGCGGUCCAUGCCUAUGGGAAGACAGGGGACCCUCAGAUGAGAGCUCUGGUGCAGCACAUCCUCAGCCUGGUGUCACAUCCCAUCCUCAACUUCCUCUAUCGCUGGAUCUACGACGGAGAGCUGGAGGACACUUACCAUGAGUUCUUUGUGGCAUCUGACCCCACGGUGAAGACAGACAGACUGUGGCACGACAAGUACUCACUGAGGAAGUCCAUGAUACCCACCUUCAUCACCAUGGACCAGGCCCGCAAGGUUCUGCUCAUUGGAAAGUCCAUUAACUUCCUGCAUCAGGUGUGCCAUGACAGAACCUCACCAGGGAAAAUCACCCCGGCCUCCAAGUCUACAGACUCUCCCAAAGAUGCUGCAGAGCUGUUAUCAGACCUGGAGGGGGCGUUCCAGGGGAAGAUAGAUGCAGCCUACUUUGAAACUAGCAAGUACCUGCUGAAUGUGCUCAACCAGAACUAUCUGCUGCUGGAGCACCUGCAGGCCAUGAGACGAUACCUGCUGCUGGGCCAGGGAGACUUCAUACGCCACCUCAUGGACCUGCUAAAACCAGAGCUGGCCCGCCCAGCCACCACUCUGUACCAACACAACCUGACAGGCAUCCUGGAGACAGCCGUGAGGGCCACCAACGCCCAGUAUGACAACGCUGAGAUCCUCAAGAGACUGGACGUACGCCUGCUGGAGGUGUCUCCCGGGGAUACAGGCUGGGACGUCUUCAGUUUAGACUACCACGUAGAGGGUCCUAUCGCCACGGUGUUCACACGGGAGUGCAUGAGCCACUACCUGCGGGUGUUCAACUUCCUGUGGCGAGCCAAGCGUAUGGAGUACAUCCUCACCGACAUCUGGAAGGGACAGAUGUGCAACGCCAAGCUGCUUAAGAGCAUGCCAGAGCUGUCUGGCGUGCUGCACCAGUGCCACAUCCUGGCCAAUGAGAUGGUCCACUUCAUCCACCAGAUGCAGUACUACAUCACCUUCGAGGUGCUAGAGUGUUGUUGGGAUGAGUUGUGGAACAAGGUAGAGAAGGCCCAGGAUCUAGACCACAUCAUCGCUGCCCACGAAGGAUUCUUAGACUCUGUCAUCUCCCGCUGCCUACUGGACACCAACAGCAGGUCCUUGUUGAACCAGCUGAGGGCGAUCUUUGACCAGAUCAUAGAGUUCCAGAGUGCCCAGGACUCUCUGUACCGCUCUGCCCUGGAGGAACUCACCCUGCGGCUGCAGUACGAGGAGCGGAAGAAGCAGAGGGAUUCUGAGGGUGAGUGGGGCGUGACUGCUGAACAGGAGGCAGAGGAGAACAGGAGGAUCCAAGAGUUCCAGGAAACCAUACCAAAAAUGCGCUCUCAGCUACGGAUACUAACACACUUCUACCAGGGCAUAGUGCAGCAGUUCUUGGUGCUGAUAAUGACUAGUCCAGACGAGAGCCUGCGCUUCCUCAGCUUCAGACUGGACUUCAACGAGCACUACCGGGCCAGAGACCCCCGUCUGAGGGCCUCACUGGGGGCCACCAGGGGGCGACGGCCCUCCAACAUCUGACCUGACGCACACCACCAUGUCACAACAUAGGGACAGAGAGCCACACGGAAUCUGCCUUGAUAGUAUUUAUAUAUGACAUGAAGAUGACAUCAAAGUAGGGCUAGAUGGAAUCUGUUGUGAUGACAUCACAAUAGAACCAGACAGAACAUUGACAUCACAAAAGAGCCAGACAGAAUCUGUUGUGAUGACAUCAUAAUAGAGCCAGGUGGAGAUAAUACCGCAUUCAAAACAACUAGGAACUCUGAAAUCUCCGACUUCAGUGCGUUCAAAACAACUGGGAACUCGGUAAAAAACAAGCUCUAACUGGGAAAAAUCGUUUUGAACGGUCAUCCAACUCGGAAUUCCAAGUCGGGAACUCGGGCCUCUUUCCAGAGCUCCGACUUUCCGACCUGAAGAUCACUGACGUCAUGAUUUGACCUAGUUUUUUUCAGAAUUCCCAGUUGUCUGUUCAGUGAUCUUCAGGUCGGAAAGUCGGAGCUCUGGAAAGAGAACCCAUAGGAGGAUGCUGUAGUGGUGACUUCACAGAUUCCAUUUGGCCCUGCAUUUUAACACCUCGAGACAAAUAGGGCUAACUGGGAUUCAUUUCACUAUGACAUAAACAAACAGAACAUUUUGAAACCCUGCCUCCUCCCCCAAUGUCAUUGGCAAAUUACUCACACAAACAAACACACACGCUCAAUACACCAUACACACAUCCACGUUUCCCACUCUUUCACAGUCCCCUCUUGGGAGGUGUGGUUUUAGAAGCCUGUCAUUUUAGUAGUCUGCCUCCAGCCUCCAGCUGUGUUCACCCUCACCUCUUUGAGGUGUCUGAUAGGCUACCAUCACCGUGUGAAUUUCAUAUUGUACAUUUGAUAAUGAACAGAAUGUCUUGAUUUGAUUGGUUUGUUUUGAUGUUCUGUGAAUAUUUUGUUUAGUUUUUCUUACUGACGUUUGUUUAUUUUUCAUACCAGUGUCUUAAAGUCUGCGGUGUGUUUUAUAACUGUUAAUAAACACUUAUAGCUGUUUAACAACGGUAUUAUGGAACCAACACAGCAGGCUCCCACCCACCUCUCUAAAGAGAUUCAAAAACAAUGCCCACAGCCCCUAAGGCUAAAAGACUGACAGACGUUAGGAUUUUAUUGGUGUUUUGUAUUAUUUAACUGGGUUUCUCUUGAUUCUCCUUGCAGACUGUGGCCUCUGUUCUGCUUGUGAAUCUGUCAUGUUGAACCAGCUCAAUUCCUUAAUUGUACAAGACAGAUUUGUCAAACGUGUUGCACCCAACUUAUGCCACUUUUCUCUCCUGACCACUCAGACAACCCUGGGAAAAUACUUUUGUCAUAGUGCGACAUUAAACCUUGAAGAAGCUACAAGUGGAAUGGUGACAAAACUAGCCUUUCAAACCCCCCCUAUGAUGGACUAUACUGUAGUGUUCGGGUGCAUCUCAAUAGUCAGAGGUGGCUUCCUUGCCUCCCUAACCUUUUCACUGAUCUGAAAGCGAUAUGGAAGAUGCUUACCAGGACUUGCUUUCAUUCACCUGUCAGCAGAGCGGAUGAAGGAAAGGAGGCAAUGAAGCUAUUGUCUGCGUCCUAAAUGGCACCAUACAUAAUAGGGCACCAUACAUAAUAGGGCGCCAUUUGAGAUGCAGAGUUGGAGAUGUUUUAACCUCUCCCAGCAGGCUCCCCUGUCUUUCUUUCCAAUCACAAGUUCUCAUCAGGGCGUGCCAAGAGAAGACGCUACUGCAAGACCUCUGUCUGUAAAUCCUGUCCAUUGUAUAGCACAGAUGUAUAGAAAUGUCAUGCCAUGGACCCAAACAUCCUGUCAUCUCUUUAAUAAUAAAGUCAAGUUUUUUAACAGUU